CCUCUCUUUCUUUCCUGAAGUGCCUUCUGGGCCUGGGGGCAGCGUGCGAUGGCCGUGGGCACGGGCACCUCGCUGGCGCUCUCGUCCCUGCUGUCCCUGCUGCUCUUCGCCGGGAUGCAGAUGUACAGCCGCCAGCUGGCCUCCACCGAGUGGCUUACCAUCCAGGGCGGCCUGCUGGGCUCCGGCCUGUUCGUCUUCUCGCUCACCGCCUUCAAUAAUCUGGAGAAUCUGGUUUUUGGCAAAGGAUUCCAAGCAAAGAUCUUCCCUGAGAUUCUUCUUUGCCUCCUUUUGGCUCUCUUUGCAUCUGGCCUCAUCCAUCGAGUGUGCGUCACCACUUGCUUUAUCUUCUCCAUGGUUGGCCUGUAUUACAUCAACAAGAUCUCCUCUACUCUGUACCAGGCAGCAACUCCAGUUCUCACACCAGCCAAGGUCACGGGGAAGGGCAAAAAGAGAAACUGACCCUGACUGUCCAAUAAAGUUGAUUCUUUGU